AUGACGUCACCUGAACCAUAUGGCAAGGAUACCCUGAAUAAUUCGCCAUUGGCUGCUGAUGGUAGUGAUUUUCCUUGCAAGCUUCGCCAAGGCAGUUUUCAAGCUCCUUCGCAUGAAAAUGUCUAUCAUAUCGGAGAUAACCAGACAGUCCGCCUUAUAGGGAGUGCAACACAUGGCGGCGGGUCUUGUCAAAUCAGUCUCACAACUGAUCUCGAACCGAGUAAAAAUUCAAAGUGGAAUGUUAUCAAGUCAUUUGAAGGUGGCUGUCCCUCAGAUGUAUCACGGAACCUCAAUGGUAUGUGGAACACUGACCAUGAUCUUGAACUUCCUUUCACGAUUCCAGAAGGUAUUCAACCAGGAAAAUACACCUUAGCUUGGACUUGGUUCAACAAACUCGGAAACCGUGAAAUGUACAUGAACUGUGCCCCAAUCACAGUGACCAAUGCGCCACUAGAUCCUCCGUCCAGAAAUGUGGCGGAUGCCCCGGCUUUCCCCUCCAUGUUUGUUGCAAAUAUCAACGGCUGCAUGACGACGGAGGGUGUGGAUAUUAGUUUUCCCGAGCCGGGAAAUUUUGUGGAAUCCAAGAGACAGGUAGAGAAGCGCCCUGAAGAAAGUGGACCAGUAUGCGUUGGGUUCCCUCGCUUUGGUGGCUCCGCAGCUUCGGAAAGCGCCAAGCCGGUUAUGGCAACAGCUUAUAUCCCUAAGACCAACAGUGGUCCAACUUCCAAAUUUUGCAAAUGUGGCUGCCAUAGUUUGUAUCCUACGAUCGCCGCCCGAAGCCGCAAAUCGACUUCAUAG